GAAAAAAACUUGAUCUUUAUCGCCCAGACAACCAGUCGAGAAAUGGCUGUGCAAGAGAAGGUUUCUGGUGGCGAUUUGGCAUUGGGUGCCAUCUUCAGCUACCUUUCCCUGAAAGAAUUAGGACGAUGUAGUUGUGUUUGUAAGCAGUGGGAGAGAGUAAUUCGUAAUGGAGGUCCGAGAUUAUGGAAGCCUCUGGUUCUGGAGCUCGUCCCGAAGCGUGCGCAGAAAAGUAAAACAAUGAAAGAUUGUUUUCAGUACCUCCGGAUCGAAUCAUCUCAAGCCUUUCGAGCAAUGCUUCGUAGCUUUUUGAAUAGCUGGAGUCCCCACGAUCACUCCCCUAACAUGCGAGUAACGGAGGAUCCGUAUGUAAUGCAUCGUGAGCCAGUAGCUCAGUCGUCGGAUCUAGCACGAACGAAAUACGGCUUCAAAGAUGGACAGCAUAGUUGGAUGGUGCGGUGGCCGUCCAGUGCAGGAUCCGAAGCAGUGCUAGGUGUUGCGUUGGAGUCUGCAAGAAAGCAGUGCAGUGGUUACGUUGGCUUGCUGGGCGAGAACAAGAAGGGUUGGGGAUGGCAUCUUGGUAAAGGCAAGCUACUGCAUGACGGUGGUCUGCUGGGACAAUACCCACUGCCGGGCACGAAGGAGGCACCGUUCUCCCCGUCCGAGGUAGAUUGGAUAACUGUGAAUCUGGACAUGGACAAGGGAUGUCUCUGGUUUGAACGCAAUGACAAGUUUCUGGGUAUGGCCUUUGACAACUUACCCACUUCUGACCCGCUCUACCCAGCCUUCUCUGCUGUAUUCGGAAACACCCGAGUCUCUUUAGUUUAUGUGGGGUCACCUGUCCUUGGCUGAGGUCCGUAGCUGCUAUUGCUGCUGCUAGUACUGCUGCUAGUGCCGCCACCAUCAUCGCCACUGGUGCUACUGCUGGCGCUACUGCUGCCAUUAACCAGCAGCAGCAGCACCAGCACAACCAGCAGCAGCAUCGCCACCAUUCAGGUCUACUGCUCCUAAUGGUUCUGUCGUUUUUUUCUGUUUUAAUCUUCUCCACGUCUUUGUUCUCUCUGUCUCUUUGUCUGUCUCUCUCUCUCUCUCUCUCUCUCUCUCUCUCUCUCUCUCUCUCUCUCUCUCUCUCUCUCUCUCUCUCUCUCUCUCUCUCUCUCUCUCUCUCUCUCUCUCUCUCUCUCCCCCCCCCCCCUCCACCCUCCACCCCAACACACUCGCAAACCUGACCCCCGGCGCCGUGUUCUUCGUUGGUACGUCCUUUUCACCUGCCUGCUUUUAGGUUUUCGUAGAGCAGGACUAUUUUGUUUACUACCCCUGUGUCUAGUGACUGCUGUUACCGCUACUGCUGCUGCUGCUGCUGCUUGUUCCCAUUCUCACACAGACAUGGGCUGUGUGAUGGCUUGGCUCGCUCUAGUGUAACGUAUUCGCUUUUUCAUACUCCAACGAUUGCAUCUUAUUCUGCCUACUGGCGAGGUAUGAGAAAUAUGCAUCUUGUCUUGCUCCUUUUGUUUUGAAGCUGGUCUUCAAGAGUAAUCGUAAUGACACGGACGUUUUGUUUUGUUUUGUGAAGCUGGCCGUUAUUGUCUCCGCUAGCUGCUUACUGUUGGCUAGAUUGCGAUGGUGGAUUCCAUCGACAGUUGCUAGUUGCUCCAGUAGUUUGUUGCCCGUGUCUUUCCCACUCCUGCUGUCUGCCGCCCUGGAUUAUUUUUAUUUUGUUGCCGUCGUGUCUACGAGUAGCUUUGCUGUCCGUUCACUUUAACUUUUUUUAUGCGUUUUCCUACUUGAAGAUAUGGGACAACUGCCAGUGUGCUCAAGGCAUUGUACAUGGACUAGUAAUGGACAUUAAUUUUUUAUUCUUA